AUGACCUGGGAAACGCGGCGCCGGCCCCGCUCCGUCGGGGCUCCGCAAGGGGCUUCCUACGCGCUCCCGCCGCCGGGCUCGUCGCGGGGCGCCGGAUCCUCCGCGGCGUUUCCGCCGCCCGAUAAAGCCGGCUGGCGUAGGAAGGGAGAGAUUAGCUCGGGGUUGCAUUUUUUUUUUCCUGCCUUGCUUUCCCCCCCAGGUGGUUUCAGCAAGUUCCAGGCCGAGUUCGCCCUGCACUGUGAAACUAACCUAGACAGCUCGUGUAGCAGCAGCUCCCCUCCCCUGCCGGUGCUGGGCUUGGGGGGCCUCCGGAUCAGCUCCGAUUCCUCCUCAGACAUCGAGUCUGACAUUGACAGAGACCCCAACAGUGCCACCGACUCGGAUGGCAGCCCGCUGUCCAACAACCAGCCUUCCUUCCCGGUGGAGAUUUUACCCUACCUCUACUUAGGCUGUGCCAAGGACUCCACUAACCUGGACGUUUUGGAAGAGUUUGGCAUCAAAUACAUCUUGAAUGUUACCCCCAACCUGCCUAAUCUCUUUGAAAACGCUGGCGAAUUUAAGUACAAGCAGAUCCCCAUCUCUGACCACUGGAGCCAAAACCUGUCCCAAUUCUUUCCUGAGGCCAUCUCCUUCAUAGAUGAAGCUCGGGGGAAGAACUGCGGGGUCCUGGUGCAUUGCUUGGCGGGGAUCAGCCGCUCGGUCACGGUGACGGUGGCCUACCUCAUGCAGAAGCUCAAUCUGUCCAUGAACGAUGCCUACGAUAUUGUCAAGAUGAAGAAAUCCAACAUUUCACCCAACUUCAACUUCAUGGGCCAGUUGCUGGACUUCGAGCGAACUCUGGGGCUGAGCAGCCCCUGCGACAACCGGGUGCCGAGCCAGCAGCUCUAUUUCACCACCCCUUCCAACCAGAACGUCUUCCAGGUGGACUCGCUGCAGUCCACGUGAGCUCCCGCCGCCUCCCUCGCCCCUCACAGCAUCGUUUCCUCAGUGGUUCCUCUUUGGCAGUGGCAAAGCAAACGCAGCUUUCUCUUUUUCUGGUCUCUGGUGUCAAAAAGCAGCUGCCGAGGCAGGCUAGGAAAGGUUACACGGAGCGAGCUCUGCUCUCGUGAAGGGUGGGAAGGUGGUGAGAUCCCUGGGAAGGAGGAAGGUAGCGAGCAGCCAGCCGGGGG